AAAGUGAAGAGUUAAGAGUGAAAAUGCUGAAAAUUGUCCUGUUGAUGGCGCUGAGCGCUUAUGUUAGCGCGCAGACCUAUGAUUACUGCCUGGAAGUGGGAAAGCCAAAUUGCGGAAGUGAGCACAUCGCCUGCGAGCCGAACAGCUUCGGCACUCCUGCCGAUGUCACGGACAUUCAGUUUGUGCCGAUGACGGAUGCGCUGAAGGCGCGCAUCGUGGCCAAGCACAAUGAGUACCGCCGGCGAGUGGCCAAGGGACAGGAGACGGGCAUUCCGGCGGCCACGAAGAUGGAGGAGAUGAAGUGGGACGAGAAUCUGGCCUACGUGGCCAGCGAGCACGCCAAGCACGGCAAUUUCACUCACGACAAGUGUCGCUCAACCCCAGAUUAUCCCUAUUCCGGACAGAAUCUCGCCGCUGGAACCUCCAGCCGCGCCUACUCCGAUCCCGGCGCCACGAUUGACGCCUACAUCAAGAUGUGGUACGACGAGAUGCCCAUCGUGAGGGAUCAAGUGCCGUCGUGCGUGAGCAAGUUCACCACGUCGCCCAACUGCAUGCCAGCCGGACACUUCACGGCGGUGGUGAAGGACAAGAACAAGGCCGUGGGAUGCUCCGCUGUGACGUACAAGAAGGGCUCUUCGUACGGAUUCCUGCUCACCUGCAACUAUCCCGACACCAACAUGCUCAACCAGCCGACGUACGUCAGCGGAACUUCCUGUUCUGCCUGCGCCAGCGUCGGAAAGACCUGCAAUGACGGACUCUGUGCCUAAACACAUCUUCGAGAUGAUCAAAAAUGUACAAGAUUUGUGGUUUCGGGAAAUAAAGCAUGAAAAAUG